UAAUAUCACAUUUAUAAUUAUGGUAAAUGUUCAUCAAUUUUUUUAAACAUUUAACAAAAAUAAAAGAUUAUAUAUGAUGAUGAUGAUGAAGAACUUAUAGGAGAAAAGCCAAAUUCAGAUGGGUUGAGACUCUCAGAUUUUUGUUUUCCCUCCGUUAUCCAUGAUCCAAUCCGCCGAGGUUGGUGGGUCUCUCUUACCUCACAAGCCAACACCAUUUCUGUCAGUCCCAAAUCCAAUUUCCCCCUCCCUUAUCCCUAAUUUCCAUACCACGCUACCCGAAUUGACUUCAAAAACCCAUACACAAAAUAUCUCAUCUACCUUCUGCAACCCAGAACCCCACUCUCUAUGUCUAUCCACACACCUUAAACCCUAGCCCUGUAUCUUUCACUUCGUUUCUCAACCGCAAUCGCCAUGGAUGUUGCUCAUCUAUCCACCAAAUGCUUUUUAUCUCCCAUUCCUUCUUCUUCUCUCCCUGUUCUUUCCAGGAUUCCAAUCUCGCUCCGCAGGUCUAGGCGCGCAGCUUCGCUUCGACGUAUACGGCUCUGUUCCGCGUCCGGCUCCGACACCUUGGUGGCCGGAUCGCGGAAGGAAGAUGGGAGGGUUUCUGAAGCUGCGAGGAAAAAGGAAGAUGAGUUUGGAGAUUUGAAAUCUUGGAUGCACGAAAAUGGGCUUCCUCCUUGCAAGGUUGUUCUCAAAGAAAGACCGUCUCACCACGAGCAACACAAGGCUAUACAUUAUAUAGCUGCGAGCGAAGAUCUCCAGGCGGGUGAUGUUGCUUUCUCUGUUCCGGAUUCCUUGGUUGUAACUCUGGAGAGAGUUUUGGGGAACGAGACCAUUGCGGAACUAUUAACCACAAACAAACUCUCGGAAUUGGCCUGCUUGGCAUUGUAUUUAAUGUAUGAGAAGAAGCAAGGAAAGAAGUCUUUUUGGUACCCAUAUAUUAGAGAGCUUGAUCGUCAACGAGGGAGGGGCCAGUUAGCUGUGGAAUCUCCCCUGCUAUGGUCAGAAAGUGAACUGGCUUAUCUUACAGGCAGCCCCACUAAGGCUGAAGUUCUUGAAAGGGCGGAAGGAAUUAAAAGGGAAUAUAAUGAGCUUGAUACUGUCUGGUUUAUGGCUGGAUCUCUGUUUCAGCAAUACCCAUAUGAUAUUCCUACUGAGGCCUUUCCAUUUGAGAUUUUCAAACAAGCUUUUGUUGCAAUUCAGUCUUGUGUGGUGCAUUUACAGAAAGUCAGUCUGGCUCGGAGAUUUGCCUUGGUUCCACUAGGACCUCCAUUGCUAGCUUAUAGAAGCAACUGCAAAGCGAUGUUAGCUGCUGUUGAUGGCUCUGUACAACUAGUGGUUGAUCGGCCCUAUAAAGCUGGGGAAUCUAUUGUUGUCUGGUGUGGUCCACAGCCUAACUCAAAAUUGCUUCUGAAUUAUGGUUUUGUUGAUGAAGACAAUUCCUAUGAUCGUAUAGUGGUUGAGGCAGCUCUUAACACUGAGGAUCCUCAAUAUCAGGACAAGAGAAUGGUUGCUCAAAGAAAUGGAAAACUAACAGUGCAAAAAUUUCAUGUUUCUGUAGGAAAAGAAAGAGAAGCUGUUUCAGACAUGCUCCCUUAUCUGCGAUUGGGCUAUGUUUCAGAUCCAUCUGAGAUGCAGUCUGUUAUCUCUUCUCAAGGUCCAAUAUGUCCUGUGAGUCCUUGUAUGGAACGUGCAGUAUUGGACCAACUUGUGGAUUAUUUUGAGAGACGGUUGGCUGGCUAUCCUACCACUAUGAGUGAAGACGAGUGUUUGUUGGCAGAUAGUAAUUUGAACCCAAAGAAGCUAGUUGCCACACAGCUUGUCAGGUUGGAAAAGAAAAUGCUAAAUGCAUGCUUGAAGGCUACAGUUGAUUUGAUAAACCAGUUGCCUGAUCACACUGUGUCUCCAUGCCCAGCUCCUUACACUCCUCUACUAAAAUGAAAGAAACAGCCAAUCUAUUUCCUGAUCUAGCAAACCACAGAACUUCUUGGCCAUACUGAUUUUUACAUCUCAACAGGGCAACAUAAACUAGGUCAGUCUCAUCAAACCCUCAAAAAUUAAAUUAAGUGGUCCCUUUUUCAUGAAUAUGAUUGGACUUUACAUCUUGUUGAAAUUUUUGCAGGUACAUCCAGGAAGCUGGGUACAGUCUAGAGCAACCAAGAAAUAUGGAUAAAUAGCAGUUGCUCUCAUAGGCUUUCAACAAGGAUGAGUGUGCAUGAUGUAUGAAGCAAGGGUUUGGAAGCUAUAGAACUAAAUUUGAUGUCUGUUGCUUGUUCCUCACCCCACUGUUCCCUACCUUUUUGUCACAGGGUGUGGUUAUAUUUCAUUAAAUGCACUCGACAUGCAAGUCCGGCCAUUCAUGUCAUUUGGCCAUCCCUUGUAAAUGUGAAUUCAACUUUCAGUCACUUUAUGUUCCUUGUAACCAUACAAACUACAAAUUUCUUCAGAAGCAUUCUCUUUUAAUUCCAAUUCAACUCAUUUCUUUAUAA